UUUUUUCAACAGCUACAAAACGCAACCGUUAGACUUGAUCAACAAGACGUCAACUUGAAGUUGCUCUUGAGUGAAAUUAACAGCACCCUCUCCUUAAAGGUAAAGCUGAUAUUGCCUUACAAAUAUAUGGCUUUCCCCGUAGACCUGCUCUCAUUUUGUUCAAUUUUACAGCUAUAAGUAUAGUUUUCCCAAGGGGAUGACGAGUGGACCAAAAAAAAGCUGGGCUUUUUUGUUAAUCAAGGCACUAUCACUGUGUCGUAAUGUAGAAUCAAAUUUUUUACACACUCUGUUAGCGAGGCUUUAAAAAUGGAGGCCCCAAUUUUCAUAGCAAAACAACAUAAUCGGCAUAUCUUUUACGCAACAAUGCAAGUGGCCUCGAGCCGGGUAACUUAAAUAUGUGGAUUUUUGUAGUUGUUGUUGUUUUUUUCCCUUAUUGGUUUUCAUCUUUCUAAUGACCUGUGCAAUGUAUGGAAACGAAGCACAUAAAGAAAAGAUAAAAAUUUACGCAUUUCUUUUCAGGUAGAGAAUGUCAGCAAACUACCGGGCCCAGUCGGCCCUCCUGGAGUAAACGGUUCCCGAGGCCCGAUGGGUCCAGAAGGACCCCAAGGAUUCAACGGAUCCCAGGGUGCAAUAGGUCCUCAGGGAUUUAACGGCUCCCAGGGGUUGAUUGGACCACAGGGUCCCCAGGGUGCUGGGGACUUCUCUUUGUGUAAAUACAUGACCGAGUCUUCAACGGGACGUCAGUCGCCAGUAAGAAGCCUUUCCCCUGGCGCUGGUAUUCAAGUAAUUCUCGGGGAACCAAAUGUAAGUUUAUGAUCAUUGUUGUUAUUAAUUAUAACGAUUAUCAUUGUCAUUAUUAUUAUUUAUUAUUAUUAUUAUUAUCAUUAUUAUUAUUAUUAUACUUUUGUGGGUUUUAUAGGUGUUUGCGCUCAUUCAGUGAGUGUCAGUAGUUUGUUUAUCAACUUCAAAUACACUCGUGCAUUCAAACUCUACUUAAAAAUUGUCUAAUACUUCUUUGAUUUGGAUAACAGAAAAUGCUCCUUUGAGAUAAUAUAAAAUCAAGAUAAUAUAAAAUGCUCAAGCUAAAGAGGUUUAUAUGCAGACGUAGUGACCGGAAAAAAACUUGAAAUAUCCCACGUGCUACCCGCCGCUCAUCGCACAAUAUGCAACGAGUUUCUACAUUUCUAAUUGGCUGUAUUCUUUAUGGGAUAUUAAUAAUGAUGAAAGCUGGCAAUAACUUAAGUUUGCCCCAUCAUUCGCUUUAGGCAUAGUUAUUUAAAGCCGUCCUUAUGGUAUAUGCAUAAGUUUAUUUAUUUAUUUAUUUAUUAUUUGUUUUUUGCUCUCAACACUCAUGGCUAAUUUGGUCCUUUGUUUGUUCAUUUUAUUUUUGUGCGUAUAUUUCCCUUUAGAGAAGAACAUGUUUUUCAUUUUUAUUCUUCCAGGACAAGAGAAUAGUUGGUGUGUCAUGCUCCACGAACCGAGCCCAGAUGUAUCUUCUUUCAAGCGGAAUCAACCCAUCCAACGGUCAACGGUUUUAUUACUGUGACUGUUUUGGACAUUUUGGCUCUGAUUGGCAGUCUGUGACUUGUUUUAUGAGGUACUGGCUUUGCCCUCUUUCAACAUAA